AUGUCCACUGCAAGUGACUGGCAGCAAGAGCAUCACCACCAUGAGGUAGCUGCGGCAGAAGUGAGCAAGAUAAAGAGGGAGUCGGCUGCGGCGGCGGCAGAGGAGGCGGCGGCGGUGGACCGGAGUACAAUGAUGGCGCGGAGGAGCUGCAGCCAGCCGGCGGCGGCGGCGGCGGGCGCCGGGCCGGGGUCGUCGGCGGCGGUGAACACGAUAACGCCGUGCGCGGCGUGCAAGCUGCUCCGGCGGCGGUGCGCGCAGGAGUGCCCCUUCUCGCCGUACUUCUCGCCGCUGGAGCCGCACAAGUUCGCCUCCGUGCACAAGGUCUUCGGCGCCAGCAACGUCUCCAAGAUGCUCCUGGAGGUGCAGGAGAGCCAGCGCGGCGACGCGGCGAACAGCCUGGUGUACGAGGCCAACCUCCGGCUGCGCGACCCGGUGUACGGCUGCAUGGGCGCCAUCCUCACCCUGCAGCAGCAGGUCCAGGCCCUCGAGGCCGAGCUCGCCGCCGUCCGCGCCCAGAUCGUCAAGCACAAGUACCGCCCCUCCGCCGUCCUCCCCUCCUCCCACGCCUCGCAGCUCCUCGCCGCCGGCGCCCGGGGCCGCCUGCCCGUCGCCGGCACGAUGGGCGUCACGACGGCGACGCUGCCGUCCGGCGCCGCGUCGACGACGACGACGACGACGGUGUACGCCGCCGCGUCGUGCUCCACGGACUAUAGCUCCAUCACCAACGAGAACGUCCCCUAUUUUAGCUGA